AUGGCAGCCAAUAUUCCCUUCCCACUACGAGAACCACAACAAAAAGAACAAACACCACAGCAAUUCCAACCCAAUCUCAACGUGAGACUCACAUGUCCUGAUUGUCGAGUGUCGCCCCCACACAUCGUGGAAGAGUUUGCAUCUGGCGACCUUGUUUGUGGCGACUGCGGUCUCGUAUUGGGCGAUCGGAUCAUUGACACAAGAUCAGAAUGGCGUACAUUUGCCAAUGACGAAGGCGAUGAUCCAUCUCGUGUGGGUGCUGCUGCGAAUCCAUUACUAGAUGGCAACCAGCUGGAUACAGUUAUUUCGAGGAGGGAUGGCGGCACAGGUGCAGCCAAAGAUCUCAACAAGGUGCAUGGUCGUGCAACAGCUGUCAAGGGUGAACGCAAUCUAGUCCAGGCUUACAAGGAGAUCAGUGCCAUGUGUGAUUCCAUUUCUUUAUCCAAGAUUGUCAGUGAUACGGCCAAGCAACUUUAUAAGCGUGUGGAGGAUGAGAAGCUAUUGCGUGGCAAAUCAAGUGAUGCUAUCAUUGCUGCCUGUAUCUUCAUUGCUUGUCGACAAGAAAAGGUGGGACGUACAUUCAAGGAAAUCUGUGCCUUGACACGAGUGCCCAAGAAGGACAUUGGUCGAUGCUACAAGUCUCUGCAAGCCAAGUUACAGACCAACACGACCAUUAUGAACUCUGAGGAUCUCAUGUCUCGUUUCUGCUCCAAUUUACAACUACCCAAUUAUGUGCAAAAGGCUGGUGUGGAUCUUGUGCGUCGUGCAAAGGAGCUCGGUACACUUGCUGGCAAGUCUCCCAUCUCAGUUGCUGCGGCAUGCAUCUACUUGGUCUCGUAUCUCUUCCGCACUCCAAAAUCGACUCGUGAUAUUGCUCAUGUCGCUGGUGUUUCCGAGGUUACCAUCAAAUCAGCCUACAAGUCGCUUUACGCUGAACGUGAAAACUUGAUCGACAUUGAAGCAUUACGAUCCAAACCCCAUGGUGAAGGACUCUCAUUCGAUGAUCUCGCAUUUCCUUAA